AUGGGUGGAUCAUUGAGCAAGGCCCUCGGCAAGCUGUUCGGAAACAAGGAGAUGCGCAUCUUGAUGCUCGGUCUGGAUGCUGCCGGCAAGACCACCAUCCUGUACAAGCUCAAGCUGAACCAGUCGGUCACCACCAUCCCCACCGUCGGCUUCAACGUCGAGACGGUCACGUACAAGAACGUAAAGUUCAACGUGUGGGACGUCGGAGGCCAGGACAAGAUUCGUCCGCUCUGGAGGCAUUACUACACUGGUACUCAGGGCCUGAUCUUUGUGAUUGACUCGGCCGACCGCGACCGCAUUGACGAGGCGCGUCUCGAGCUCGAGCGCAUCCUCGCAGACAGGGAGAUGAAGGACUGCCUGUUGAUGGUGUUUGCCAACAAGCAGGACAUCCAGGGCGCCAUGUCGCCCGCCGAGGUGACGGAGAAGCUUGGCCUGCACAAGAUGAGGGAUAGGUCGUGGUAUGUCCACCCCAGCUGCGCGACAACGGGUGAGGGUCUGUUCGAGGGCCUGCAGUGGCUGUCCCAAAACGUAAAGGGCACCAAAGCGUAA